UCGACUACUCAGAUGUUACAUUGACAGUGAUACAAUGUUGCGCUCCUUAUUGUAACUUCCUCAGUGUUCCAGCUGCAAUGCUGCUGUUACUGGCAUGUAUCUCUUUGUGGGGCUCCUUCCUCCCCUUGCAAGCUGCUCCCAUUCAGGUCUUUGUGAUCCCACACAGUCAUAUGGAUGUAGGCUGGGUGUAUACAGUGCAGGAAAGUAUGCAUGCGUACGCUGCCAAUGUCUACAGGACUGUUGUGGAAGAAUUAACGAAGGGCAAACAUCGGAAGUUUAUUGUAGUUGAACAGGAAUUUUUCCGCCUUUGGUGGGACACCGUGGCAGAUGACUUACAAAAGCAGCAGGUCCAUCACUUGGUGGAUGAAGAGAGAUUGCAGUUUAUUAUCGGAGGACAAGUAAUGCAUGAUGAAGCAGUCACUGCGAUAGAUGAUCAAAUUUUGCAACUAACAGAAGGUCAUGGCUUCCUUUAUGAAACCUUUGGAGUGAGACCUCGUUUUUCCUGGCAUGUGGAUCCUUUUGGUGCCUCAGCUACUUCACCAACCCUGUUUGCCAUGGCUGGAUUCAAUGCCCACCUCAUCUCUCGCAUUGACUUUGAUCUAAAAGCAAAUAUGCAGAACAACAAGAAGCUACAGUUUAUAUGGAGAGGGUCCCCUUCAUUAUCAGACAAGCAAGAAAUCUUCACGCAUGUAAUGGACCAGUAUAGAUAUUGCACCCCCUCUUUUCUGCCAUUUUCUAACAGAUCAGGAUUUUACUGGAAUGGAGUUGCGCUUUUCCCUGACCCACCAAUAGAUGGCAUUUAUCCAAACAUGAGUCUUCCAGUAACAGUGGACAAUAUUAAACUGUAUGCAGAAACGAUGGUGGAGAACAUUAAACAGCGAGCAGCGUGGUUUAGAACCAAUGAUGUUCUAUGGCCAUGGGGAUGCGACAAACAGUUCUUCAAUUCCUCAGUUCAGUUUGGAAACAUGGAUCUAUUACUGGACUAUAUUAAUCGCCACGAUGAGUUUGGAGUGACUGUGCAAUAUGCUACUCUUGGAGAGUACUUUAGUAGCAUCCGUGAUAGAAAUCUUACGUGGGAUGUGCUAGAUAGCCAAGACUUCCUUCCAUAUUCUUCCGACACAUACCAAGCAUGGACCGGGUUUUAUACAUCUCGCAACGUAUUAAAAGGAGUAGCACGGAGGGCAAGUUCGUUGCUGAAUGCAGGGGAGUCUGCAUUCACACUGUAUCUUUUAAAGUAUCCUUCAGGUUCUGUGAGUAAAAUCUGGGCACUGAUGCAACUGCAAGAUCUCCGGUGGGCUGUCUCAGAGGUCCAGCAUCAUGAUGGGAUCACAGGCACGGAGUCCCCAAAGGUUAGGGACAUGUAUAUGGAAAACCUUUUUCGAGGGAUGGUGGGAGUAAGAAAGCUGAUGGGAGCAAUAGUUAUGGACCAGUUCAGCUCAGAAAAAUACAGUAACAUCAAAGAUGCAAUAAACUUUACGGUGUACAACCCAUUGGCAUGGAACAUUUCAACUUUUGUAACUGUGCCGGUGAACUCCUCGGUAGUCGGUGUGUAUGAUGAGUUUGGACAGCCCGUACCAGCACAGAUCCAAAAUUCCACUGCAUCAAUCUAUGCUUUUGAUCUGCACAUACUAGUUACUCUCGGCGGCCUCAGUUAUGGGAAAUAUUGUAUAUAUUUUGGAAAUGCCAAUUCUGAGAAGAACACCAUUGUCGAUGGAAGACUGAUAAAAUUUCCCAGGAAACAAAUUAACAACAGAUCUAAAAACAACAAAGGCCAAGUGAAACCUGUAAUGAAUGAAUGUUACACUGUGUGGAUUGACCAAGCCACAAAUUUAAUUGAUGCUAUAACAGACAGAGAGCGAAAUCACACUGUCCGAAUGACCCAAGAAUUUCUCGAGUACCAUGCUAAUGGAAACGUCGACGUGGGGCCUAUUUCAGACAACUACUUAUUUGCUUCACGUGAACAUGCUGUCCCUGUUGCAAACACUGUUGGGCUAGAAAUUGUGUUUGGGCAGUUGGUUACGGAAAUCAGGCAGUAUUUUUACAGCAACCUUGAUGCAGAAGGUUACCGUUAUGCAAUAUUUUCAAGGCUCUACAAUGUCCCAGACGGCUAUGACAAGAUGCCACUCUGUCGACGUAUUGAGCAGCAAUACCGAGUUGGGCCUUUGCAGAUUAAUCGGGAGUCAAUUUUAAGAACAAGCACAGAUAUGGAAACAAACAAGAGAAUUUUCACGGACAACAAUGGAUUUCAAAUGCAAAUGAGGGAGUUUAAAACCUAUUCUGACAACUCAGUACCUAUGAAUUAUUAUCCAAUGGUCCGUUCAGCAUAUGUAGAAGAUAACAGUACUCGACUCGUAUUUCUAGCUGAAAGAGCGCAUGGAGUUGCCAGUUUGGACAGUGGUCAAGUAGAGAUCAUGCUACACAGAAGGCUAUGGAAUAAUUUGGAAUGGGACCUUAAUUACAAUCUUACUUUAAACGACACCUCUGUGGUUCAUCCCACUGUCUGGCUGAUGAUGGGGAGCAAGGCUGAGAUGGGUUCAUUGUAUCAGAGAGUUGGCCUGGCUCUGGAACGUAAACCACUGGUGAUAUAUAGCCCAUUAAUAGGAAGCGAGCCAUCAGACAGGUUCAACAGUACCUCUGAAGAUUCAAUCAAUUUACCUCCUAAUCUUCAUCUUCAGCUUCUGAGUAUCCCAGGCUGGAAAUACUCCUCAAAUCACACAGAACACAUUGAGAAUGUACAGAAAGGAAAGAGAGAUACAGCUGAUCCGGAUUUCCAACGUGUGCUUUUACGGCUACAACAUUUAUAUGAAUCCGAUGAAGAUCCAGUCCUUUCCAAGCCGGUGUCUGUAAACAUACAGUCUCUACUAAAAGUAUUGGGUAAAGUGGUGCUAUUAGAGGAACGGUCUCUCACCGGAACCUGGGAUUUAAGUACCAUGAAGCGGUGGAAAUGGAAAUCCAAACAACGAAGAAAUAAAGAUCAUCUCCCUUAUGGCAAUAGGACCGGAAACUUUACCAUCAAUAUACAGCCCAAAGAGAUAAAAACUCUAUUUGUUUAUUUUGAAACAAUGUCGAAGAAAACUUAACUGGUUUCCGGAUACAAAUUUAAGAUUUUUUUUUUUUCAUCUUGAAGAUUAUAUUUUGUCAGCACUGUAUGGUGACUGUAGCUGCAUGGAUAUAUUCUAGGAAAUGUACAACCAGAAAUGCAUGCGCCAUACUGGUGUAAAGAAGCUAAAGAACCACAUACAGUGGUCAACACUAUGCACGUUAUCGAAUUCAUGCAGCUUUAACAAAGCGGGUUAAACAUCAUGGCUGUCAGUGGAACAUUAUAUAAGAAUAUAAUCCUGUAUGUAUAUAUUGACAAUGAUGAUAACAAACCUGUGGAAAAUAGGCCAAAUUAUUGUAAUAUUUUUAGAAGGAAUUAUAAUUUUUUACAGAUGUAUACACUAAUAUCAAAUUCUAUGAAAAAGCUUAAAUAGCUUAUUUUGGUGUAAAUUUGUAUGGGAAGCAGUGUAAUAUGUUUUAUAAAUAUAAUAGUGAAAUACCAUUCCUUAUCGGAGAUCAGUAAGGAAUCACUGUUUAUCAGGCAUCACAUCUUUAUCAGUGUUUACAUAAGGGAUUUGGAAAUUGAGAUUUUUGAAUUAAAUGUUGGUCUCUACUGUUAAUUUGUUGGCUGUCCUUUCUGGGCGUUUAAUCUUGAGAAUUUUGGUACCAAAAAUACCAAUUGAACCAAAAAUAGUUUGAAGUGGAUAGGUUUAUCAUGGUGCACAAAACAAAAUGACUCUUAAUUUGACUGUACAUGUUCUGAAUUUUAAAUUUGUACAUUAAUAAACUAUUUAACUUUUCUA